AUGCUCACUAAGUUAUGUUUUUCAGUUGUUUUGGAUGAUGACGAGUAUCAAGAUGAUGAGCCCUCUACUUCGGAUACAUCAGCAGCGAUCCCAGAUUCUGCUCAUCAGUCAGCGAUAGAUAUUACAGCAGAGUGGAUCUAUGAACGACUGAAUCCUAAGCUUGUAGCUAAUCUCGUGCUUAUUUCUUUGGUAACCCUGCCUGACGAAAUGCCGGCAGCCUUUGCUUCGAGUUUUACACAAAUCGCGACUGCUGGAACAGAGCAACAUCGUCGGCAUCUAGCUCGAAGUAUGGCUACUCAAGCUACCGCUCAAGAACUGGGUCCCGGUGCUGAGCAGAUGCGGAAGGAGAAAUUGGCGAAGUUCAUGGAGAGACAAUCUGCGCGACGAGACGGUGCAUUUGUUCCGCCCACACCAGCUGUACACUUAGGUGGCCAUCAGAAGCAGAAACCACCGUUAGUUCCCAUAGGAGCACUGCCCGGACCGACAGCAGCACCACUUCCGGCAGUUCCGAAAAUCAAACAGCAGUUCAAUUUGUUUACGAAUACCAAAGAACUUUCUAAGGAGGAGAUGGAAGCUUUAUUUGAUAGUUGCUUCAUAUCGAUAAUGAAGGCUGAA